UCAUGUCAACGUAAAAUAAAACAUACCCGCUAUUGGUUAUAAUUUAAGGUUUACAAUUUUUAAAACUAUUAACUACUAAAGUUACCUGAACAAACUAAUCUUCAUAACCAUGAAAAAGGGAAAGAAUAAAUCAGACCCAAAGCUAGUAGCUGCUUCAAAAAUUGUUACAGAACCUGAGGAAUCUAUUGAUAAGACUCCCAUUGAUAAGUUGACAGUAGAAAUAUUUUCACUUCAAACCUCAGAUAUUGAAAGAGUUUCGUUUACAAUUAAUGUUACGUUUUUCGAUAUACCAAUACUCGACGCACAAAUCCCAUCGUUGUGGGCAAGACAAAGUAUUGAUGAUAGUGUAAUUGCAAGAGGUUCGAUGACCUACGAUCCUUCAGACUAUAGUAAAAUGUGCUCAUUUGCUGAUGAACCUUUAGUAGUGACCAUCGAACCAAUAACUAUAUCAGAAAAUUCAUCAGACAAAACAUCUGACAAAGCAUCAGAUAAAAUAUCAGACAAAACUUUAGAUAAAAUUUCUGAUAAAGCUUCGGAAAAAACAUCUGAACGCACAACGGAAUCUGUACAAUUGGCCAGUGACGCUUUAAGCUGCAACGUAGACAUUUUACCAAUGUUUCUUGGUAAGCUAUUCCACCAAUUUCAUAAAAGAAGCUUUUUAGAUAUACAAAAAUAA